AUGUGGACCGAAGUGGACGCUGGAGCUAGUGGAGUGCGGGCUGAACGAGAUGCCCAACUACUGCUAUCGACAUUAGCGUCCCUGAUCGUCGCACCUGCGAAUCCGGCCCGACGUGCCAACCCAGUAGACCCCGCUGGACCAUCCGAUGUCAUUGUGGGGUCGUUUCUGAACACCUCCAGUGAGCUGAUGCGGUCUUUCGUACCCCCAAACGACAGCCUCGAGGCAACUGAUGGGUCUGAAGGACUCGAUGUGGAGCUGUAUGGGCCCAAGCGAGACCCGCUGUACGUGGUGAUACCGAUCACGAUCGUCUACCUGCUUAUCUUUCUCACCGGUGUGGUCGGCAACAUCAGCACCUGCAUCGUGAUCGCUCGCAACCGAUCGAUGCACACCGCCACCAACUACUACCUGUUCAGCCUGGCCGUGUCCGACUUCUUGCUGCUGGUGUCAGGCGUGCCACAGGAGAUCUACUUCAUCUGGAGCAAGUACCCAUACGUGUUCGGUGAGACGUUCUGCGUUCUGCGUGGUAUCGCAGCAGAGACAUCCGCUAACGCGACAGUACUUACGAUCACGGCGUUCACCGUCGAGCGGUACGUCGCCAUCUGUCAUCCGUUCCUGUCACACACGAUGUCAAAACUCAGCCGGGCUAUUCGGUUCAUCUUCGUCAUCUGGCUGAUAGCGAUUGUAUCAGCAGUCCCGCAGGCGCUUCAGUUUGGUGUCACCAAUCAGAAUGGGGUCGACCAGUGCGUGGUGAAGCGCAUCAUCAUCCAGCACUCGUUCGAGCUGUCGACGUUUCUGUUCUUCUUCGCACCGAUGACACUCAUCACUGUGCUGUAUGCGCUGAUUGGGCUCAAGUUGCGCUCGUCCACGCUGAUGCAGCGUGAUGGAACGUUGCAGAGGAGGAACAACGUGGCACCUUGUUCACGAAACUCGUCCGCCAACAGCCAGGGAACGCGACGUGUGCUUAAGAUGCUCGUGGCCGUCGUAGUGGCGUUCUUUCUCUGUUGGGCUCCGUUCCACGCUCAGCGGCUCGUCUACAUUUACGGCGUGGAUCAGGACCACCAGCCAACAGAUCCACUCAUCCUGAAGCUGUUCGUCAUUACGACCUACAUCUCCGGCAUCCUGUACUACCUGUCAACGUGCAUCAACCCGCUGCUGUACAACAUCAUGAGCAACAAGUUCCGCCAGGCGUUCAAGGAGACGCUGGCCAACUGCUGUCAAAUUGCGCGUCAAUCAAAUAGUGCGGAGCGAUCAUACCGAAUAUUGCCCAGAAGGGAACGACGUUCUGCUGCAAACAAGGAAUCUUCCGAUAUCUCAGGCAAUUCCAUCAAGGACGAAAGCCUGUACUCGUCCUCUACUCAGAAACAAUCCUUCGACUCCAUAACGCUGUCCCGAGGCCACUCGCUCAAGCGCCCGCCGUCGAUCGCACCGCCCGGCGUGCAGGAGAGCGCUCUCGCCCUCGGACCGGUCACCUUCACCGGGGUCUACCAUGGCCCGCACCACCACCACCACCACCAUCUCCACCACCACCAUCACCAUGGACACCAGCCGGCGGGCGUCGGAGAGCAACCCUCGGCCAACGUCCUGGUCGCCGGAAAGCCCGGCCGAUCCGAGCUUGAUUUGUACACGCGUGAGCGCGAGCUCCAGCUGAACAUCUUCGCCUCCUCACAGGACACUGGCUCGGGAAAGGUUGACUACCUGCCAGACGGAUCACUAGCCCGCAUCAGCAUCCAGAUCAACCGAAUACCGUGUGCUGGCGAGAUGUCAACAUCGGAUCUAGACGGAAUCGGUUCAGGUCGUGCGUUACCCGAGCGCAGUGACACCCUGCGAUUACUCUGCAAACAGCCGCGUGGACAGGAAGGGCGCAUCGAGAUCUUCGUGCGGAAUAGACACCGUCAGCGAGAGCGCUCUCGAUUGAGGUUAUGGAGGUUCUUUCAACACGUGCGGCCAUUGCGAAGGAACGGUUCAACUCGCCGAGAUUCGGACGCGGUAGUGCAUUUCUACGAGGGCACCAAUGGUGGGACUCCUGCGAGCCCUACGGUAACCCUUCGACCAGGGCGUGAUGGUGCAGGUGUAUCACCACGAGGACACUACUUCGGAUACCCGCUGGAAUGCGGUUCCGCACUCGAGGACGACCUGGAGGCAUACAUGCGUGAGAUCAAGCUGCGAGAAACCGUCAUCCGCUAGGUGGGUCGAAUUUCGACCCCAGCUCGACCGUCAGCUCGACCGUUGAUUCGACAAUCGGCACGUA